AUGUCGGUGGCGACUCUUGCUUACCGCGACAUUUUGCAAAAACAAACGCAAAACACAAACCAGCAUUUCCAAAACAGUCAGUUCUUCCACCGUAUCACAGCAUCUUUAAGCCCAUCCUCCGUCAUCAAUCUCCAAAUGGAAUCUAUAAGCCCAUUCUCGACAUCACAAGACAAGUACCACCUCAUGCGAGUGCAAAUUUCUGGGCACUCUAGUGUUCAAUCAUCUACCACCUUCAGAUCACGAAAGGCAAGAAAGCCUAUCUAUAUCCUCAGGUUUAAGAAGAUUGAACAGGGGGAACCUGUUGUACCCCAAAAUUUCCCCUCCCAUAUUUCUCAAUACAUUUCAAGUGGGGUCCUCAAAUUGCUCAAGAAAGUCCAAGGGUUGACCAGACAAACCCCCUCCUAA